ACACAGCAAAGUCUGUAUAACUAUGUAGAGUAACAACAUCUCUAUAUCGAGUCAAUGCAUGGUAGAGUUUCAACAGUGAAUUAAGAUGGAGCUAAACACUGCCUACGAUAUAUUGUGCACGCUAACAACAGAAGAGAAAGAGAAACACAAGCCACUUCAUUGCAGGAAAACACUGCCUACAAUAUCAACCAGAGAAGUCUCACCCAAACAGAUAAUAAGUACAGUACCGUUGAGAACACUGGAUACAUAACGUAUGAUACUGCUGGAGAUACUAAAUCUAACGAAAGUAGUGUCCUGGACAACAAAAGCAACACAAAGAGAAUAAGGCAAGAAGUGGCUAAAAAUGAAUAUGGUAAAAAAUGGUUUGCAAUUUUUGCCGUCAUAGCUUUUGUUCUGUCUCUGUUGGUAGCUGUGGCAGCACUGGUGUACACCAAUAUAGAGUUGAAGAACCAGAUGAUCAGUACCAAUAAGCAAUUACAGUCCAUGAACGAGCAACUGAACAACCAAUCCAGUCAACAGAUUCAAAUCCUACAAGCUCAAUUCAGUCAUUCAAUUUUGCUCCUUCAAAACAACUUUUCUGAGCAGCUGAGCAGUGCUAAUAAGCAAGUAAAGUCUACCAACGAGCAACUGAACAACCAAUCCAGUCAACAGAUUCAAAUCCUACAAGCUCAAUUCAGUCAUUCAAUUUUACUCCUUCAAAACAACUUUUCUGAGCAGCUGAGCAGUACUAAUAAGCAAGUACAGUCUACCAACGAGCAACUGAACAACCAAUCCAGUCAACUCAGCAAUUCAAUCCUAGCUCUUUCAAGUAACAUUUCCGGGCAAAAUGAAAUUAUUAUUCGAGACCUCAAUGGCGUACAGUCCAUUAUUACGGAUUUAGGUCCAAUGGCAUUCUAUCCUGGAACUAGAAUAGGAAACCCAGCAAGCUCUUGCAAAGACAUCCCUCAAGACCGACCAUCUGGAGAAUACUGGAAUACCACUGACAGUACUAGCUCUCCUGUUCAGGUGUACUGUGACAUGAAUCGAACAAGCUGUAGCUGCAACACUACAGGAGGAUGGAUGAGGGUAGCCAACCUGGAUAUGACCGAUCCCAACCAAAACUGCCCAGAGGAAUUGAUGCUGGUAACCAGGGAAGAACCACCAUUGCGUACUUGUGGCAGACAUGCACCGGGAUGUGUGUCCACUACCUAUUCGACGUAUGGGGUGGAGUAUUCAAAAGUUUGUGGUCGAAUCAUUAGAUAUCAAAGUGGUUCUCCAGAUGCUCUUCAUUUAUCUUUAUCUAUUGAUGAUGUUUACGUUGAUGGUGUGAGCCUAACUCAUGGACAGUCGCCUCGUCAGCAUAUCUGGACGUUUAUCAAUGCAAUCGAUGAAACUCGCUCUGAUACAGAGGUAUGUCCCUGCACAAGACCUGACCUCCCCUACACUGGAGUUGUACCUCCCUUCAUUGGUAAAGAUUACUUCUGUGAAACUGGAAGCCGACAGGAAAUUGCUAGUAUCUUCUACCCUAAUGAUCCACUCUGGGAUGGUCAGGGAUGCGGGAGUAACAGUACUUGCUGUGAGUUCAACAAUCCACCGUGGUUCUGCAAGCAACUCCCUCAACCAACUACAGACGAUAUCGAGUUGAGACUUUGUGCUAAUCAACCUCUUCCAGAUGAAGACAUACCAAUUGAGAUUGUGGAAAUAUACAUCCUCUUGCUCCUCUUGGCUAUACUAACGGACGAGACUGGACAGUUUGAGAUGGAACUAAACACUGCCUACGAUGUUGUGCACGCUAACAACAGAAGAGAAAGAGAAAUACAAGCCACUGCAUUGCAGGAAAACAUAGCCUACAAUGUUAACCAGAGAAGUCUCACCCAAACAGAUAAUGAGUACAGUACCAUUGAGAUCACUGGAUACAUAGAGCAUAAUACUGCUGCAGAUACUAAAUCUACUGAAAGUGUUUUGGACAACAAAAGCAACACAAAGAGAAUAAGGCAAGAAGUGGCUAAAAAUAAAUAUGGUAAAAAAUGGUUUGCAAUUUUUGCCGUCAUAGCUUUUGUUCUGUCUCUGUUGGUAGCUGUGGCAGCACUGGUGUACACCAAUAUAGAGUUGAAGAACCAGAUGAUCAGUACCAAUAAGCAAAUACAGUCCAUGAACGAACAACUAAACAACCAAUCCAGUCAACUCAGCAAUUCAAUCCUAGCUCUUUCAAGUAACAUUUCUGAGCAAAAUGAAAUCAUUAUUCGAGACCUCAAUGACGUACAGUCCAUUAUUGCGGAGUUAGGUCCAAUGGCAUUCUAUCCUGGAACAAGAAUAGGAAACCCAGCUAGCUCUUGUAGUGACAUUACUCAAGACAGACCAUCUGGUGAAUAUUGGAUUGCCACUGACAGUACUAGCUCUCCUGUUCAGGUCUACUGUGACAUGAAUCGAACAAGCUGUAGCUGUAACACUGCAGGAGGAUGGAUGAGGGUAGCCAAUCUUGACAUGACCGAUCCCAAUCAAAACUGCCCAGAAACAUUUAGACUGGUAACCAGGACGACACCACCACUGCGUACUUGUGGCCAAGUGGAAGGACCAGCAGGAUGUACUUCCACUACUUAUUCAACAUAUGGAGUGGAGUAUUCAAAAGUUUGUGGUCGAAUCAUUGCAUAUCAAAAUAGCACUCCGGAUGCUUUUACUCCAUAUAUCUAUAACAGAACUUUAUCUAUUGAUGAUGUUUACGUUGAUGGUGUGAGCCUAACCCAUGGUCAGUCGCCUCGUCAGCACAUCUGGACAUUUGUUAAUGCAAUCGAUGAAACUGCUUUCGAUAGACGGGCAUGUCCCUGCACAAGACCUAGCCGCUUCUACACUGGAGUUGUACCUCCCUUCAUUGGUCAAGAUUACUUCUGUGAAACUGGAAGCCGACAAACGUUUAAAUUUAGCAUCUUCUACCCUGAUGAUCCAGUCUGGGACGGUCAGGGAUGCGGGGGUACCAGUACUUGCUGUGAGUUCAACCAUCCACCGUGGUUCUGCAAGCAACUCCCUCAACCAACUACAGACGAUAUCGAGUUGAGGAUUUGUAGUGAUGAGGGAAUUAGUAAUGAAGACACACCCAUUGAGCUAGUUGAGAUCUAUGUACGCUGAAUUACACACUUAAGACAAUUAGACAGUAUUAGAGCCGAGACCACGUUCAAUUAAAGCUUAUCUAAUCUGGUGUGGCAUGCUAGCAUAAUAAUUAGUUAUACACACUAAUCAUUAAUACGAACAUUUUAGUUUUGACAGAGUCAGUAUAAUUUAUAUAGUAACGUUCUCUUUCUGUUAGCAAUGGAGUUACGUACGUACUACAUAUUAUAAUUAUCACGC